AUGGGAGAUAUUGCCAGCAACCCAGUUUCGGCCGUGGGAACACUUGGUCAGGAUACUGCAAAGGCAAUCAGUAUAGUGACGUCUGGCGGCCCUGUGCAAUCUCAGCACGAGCCUAGGACUACUCCCGAUUCCGAGUUGUCUACUCAUUCCCAGCAGCAUCCAGCUGUCUCCCAGUACGCCUUCGCAACACAGUUCGAUAUGUCUCAACAGCCUUCAGGCCCACGACCGGGUCCUUACAACAUGACACCCAUGACCAACGCUCUCCCGCCAAUGGGCUUUCGGCCCGGACAAUAUCACCAAUCGACUCAGCAGCGUAUGAACCCUGCAGGCUCGCCGCCAAUGAUGCAGCAUAUGUCACAGUUUGCUGGUCAUCCAGGAGUUCCGGUGGCGGGUCAAGGUUACUACUUACCACCACAGGUGGCACCAUACUACGGGAAUCAAAUACCCCAAGCUCAAACAGCAACAGUGAUGGCCCAAAGACAGAACAUGGCAUAUUAUCCCAACCAGAUGAUGAUGGGCACUCAUCAGUCGGCUUACUAUUAUUCUCCUGGCCCUCAGUAUCAACCUUCGCCGCAUCCAGUACCAAAUGGCAUGGUGAACGGACACUAUCCUAGUGCACCUCCUACAACACACGAUCCCAGAACUAUGCCACAGCCGGCAGAAUUUGUUGGAGUACAUCAGCAGCCGUUCAAACAGGGCCAAGAUGGGUCAGAGAGGCGACAAAGUGCAGUUCGAGGCCCGCCUAGGAAGCCGCGACAGAGUGGACACGCAAUCUGGAUUGGUAAUCUGCCUCCGCAAACCGACCUUAUGAAUCUUGUUCAUCAUGUGUGCAAGGAAACUCUGGGUCUGGAAUCACUCUUCCUUAUCUCCAAGAGCAACUGUGCAUUUGCCAACUUCAAGGACGAAGAAACCUGCGGUGCAGCGCAGCAGAAGCUACACGAUUCGAAGUUUCAAUCAGUUCGCCUUGUGAGCCGGCUACGCAAAAGCACAGUUGAGGGUGCUGCUGGUGCAACAGCUCCAACGGGUCCCUCAGUGUCUACAGCAUCGGCGAAGUCGGAACAAGUGCUAGAUACAACGCCUGUACAGAGCGGGGUUACUAGCCCAACGACCGAACCGGCGGGGGUUCUCAAGCCUGGUGUUGCCGACGAGAUGCCACCACAGAAAGACAAAUUCUUUAUUCUUAAGAGUCUCACGGUUGAAGACCUGGAACUGAGUGUGAGCACGGGCAUCUGGGCGACUCAAUCCCAUAACGAGGAUGCUUUGAACAAUGCGUUUAAGGUUGCUGACAGUGUCUACCUUGUCUUUUCAGCCAAUAAAUCAGGCGAAUACUACGGCUAUGCUAGAAUGGUGUCGCAGAUCAACGAAGACCCCUCGGCGGCCAUCGAAUUUGCGCCAACAGCUCAAGCAACAAAUGACCUCGAUCUCCCGAAAGCCAUACCGACCGAAGCGACCGAACAAGCACCCAAGGGACGUAUCAUUGACGAUUCCGCAAGGGGUACAAUUUUCUGGGAGGCUGAUCGAGGGGAUUUGGAGGUGUUGUCGGAUGCAGAGAGCGACGUGUCGAGCGUCAAGAGUAAUGCAGGGGAAGAGGGGGAGCCUACUAAGACGUGGGGGAAGCCUUUCAAGCUGGAGUGGCUGUCGACAAGCCGGCUGCCGUUCUAUCGCACAAGAGGGUUGCGCAACCCAUGGAACUCGAACCGCGAGGUAAAAAUCGCACGAGACGGCACGGAGCUUGAACCUUCAGUUGGUCGAAGACUUAUUGGACUCUUCAACCGUGUGCAGAGUCCAGAUGUGGUUCAUCCUGGUGUGCGGGUCCCCCCCAUGGUCAUGAUGCAAGGCUUCGCACCGAUGCGGCCAUACGGGCAAUGA